AUGUAUUUACAGUUGCUUGUACUAUGGAUAGUUUAUCUAUCUAGAUACGUUUCAUGUGAAAUGGCUUAUUCAGUUAUAGAUGAAAAUGAAUUCAAUCUAGCAACAUUACCAAAAGAAGAUCAUUUAAUUCAUGAAUUUGGACCUGAAGAAGAAAUUCAUUCAUGGUAUUUUGCAAAUGCUGAACAAUUGCAAUCUUCACAAUUAUAUAAUGAUAUGGAGUCAGCUGAAAAUGAUUUCAAUAAUACCGUUAUACAUUUAAAUGAAACUGGUAAUACAUUAAUAUUAGCUGGUGUUAAUCCUGUUAGAUUUGUUGAAUUUGAAGUUGGAUCAGUUAAAGGUUUUAAACCAGAUUUUAUAAAUGAUGAAAAUGAACAAAUAUUUAAUAAAUCAUCAAAUGUUUUCCAGUUUGAUACAAUAUCUGAAUUUAUAAAAAACAAGCGACACUUACCAAAUUUAUCAAGAAAUUUAUUUAUGGUUGGAAUAUACAUGGAAUCAGGUAUGGAAGGGAUAGAAGAUUUAUUUUUAAAAGAAGAAACUAUUUUUAUAACUCCAAAAUAUGAUUCAACUAUGAAUCCAAAUAAUCCAGAAGAAGAUACGGAGGUUGUAUUUGAAGCUCAAGGUUUAUUAAGUUUAAUUUGUAUUCCAUUGAUCAAAUUGAAAAGACUUAUAUGGUUAAUUGAAGUUAAAACUAUACAAUUGAUAAAAAAUGCUAUUGAGAUAACCAAGAGAAUAUUACAAAAGAUUAAAAUGAUUAUAAUUGUAAUUGUAAUAAAGACAAAAAUAAUAACUAUUAAAACAAUAUUAUUGAUAAAAUACAAAUUACAAAAAAUCAAAACAGCAACAUUACUAGCGUUGAUGAUUCUAAAGGAAAAGAUACGAUUUAAAGUUUUGAAAACUAAAUAUGUUUUGUUGAAAAUAAAAGAUUUAAUUGAAAUGAAGAUUAAAUUGUCAAUUUUAAAAGCAAAAGCAGCUAUAGCAAAAGCUAAACUAGCGGGUAAGAAAGUAAAAGAUAAGAAACCAUCAGUGACAAAGGGAAGUGAUAGUGAUAGUGGUAGUGAUAGUGAUUGGUGA